GAUUAUCAAAAAUAGUCCAACAGUAAGGCGGUGAAUAAAUAAAAAUAGUAUAAAUUAUUAAAAAUAUAUAAAUCUUGGUGUAAUUAAUUGAUUACAACUCUGUUCAUAUCCAUUCAGUGUUGGGGUUUUGAUAUCCGAUAAAUUCAAUCAAAUUACAAAAAUUGCGGUUGCUGAGUAAUUCGGGUCAAGAAAUGGGACGGGUAUAUGUAGUGGAGCUAGAAGGAAGGGCAUACAAAUGCAAAUUUUGCAAAACAAAUUUAGCUCUUGCUGAAAAUGUUGUUUCCCGGGGCUUUCAUUGCCGAAGAGGAAAGGCUUAUCUGUUCAGCAAUGUGCAAAGGGUGAACUUCACAGCUGGACCUGUUGAGGAAAGGAUGAUGCUUUCAGGAUUGCAUACAGUUACUGAUAUAUAUUGCGUAUGCUGCGGGCAAAUUGUUGGCUGGAAAUAUGAGACGGCACAUGAACAAUCACAGAAAUAUAAAGAAGGCAAAUUUGUUCUUGAAAGAGGAAGGAUCAUCGACGGGCUUGAUUCAGAGUUUUACAUUGAUACCCGUCCGAGUUCAAGUGAUGCAGAAGAAGCCUAAUAUUACUGUCAUUACUAUUAGUUUGUUGUAAAUGUAAAGAAUAAAUGGUGUUGUACAAUGUUUUUGUAUGUUGGAAUAGAAGAUUAAUGUGAGAAAUAAGUUAUGUUGUAGGAUGUUCUUGAAUAUGAUAGCAGAUCAUGCAAUAUUAAUGUGAUGUAUUCUUUCACUCUCGGGUGUAGCAAGAAGUACAAUGAGAAAUAAGUUAUGUUGUAGGA